AUGGCGGUGGAAAGUGUCUGUGUCUAUCCAUCCAUCCCCUUCACCCCCACAAUCCCAAUCCCCAUAACUAUUUAUUGUAAAGCAGAGGAUAGGCAGGUGAAGAACCCCAGUCCCCUCCCUGGAUGGGCUUGUUCUGCUACAGCAGUAGAAAAUCUGGGAAUGGAUGGCGAGGAUUCAACGUCGCCGAGAAAGUCCUCCGAAGAUACAUCAUCGAAAUCCUUCCCUUGCCUAUACUGCUCAAGAAAGUUCCACAGCUCACAAGCUUUGGGAGGUCAUCAGAAUGCUCACAGAAAGGAAAGAACUGCUGCAAGAAAAACCAAAAGAAUUUCUGAUUAUCCCAUAAUGCCUCCCCCGCCACCAUUGAUGUUCUCUCCCAUCGGCAUUUUCAAUCCCUCCGCGUAUCUCGCCGCUGCCCGUCAGGUCGGAUCCAACGGCGCGCGUGUGUUUGAAGAUGUUUUAGUGUACAGUGGGCAUUACUUGAGUGAGGGUUAUGGCAACAAUGAUCAGAACUGGCAAUGGGGUGUGAGAUGCAAUGAAUCUGGACAUGAUGAUCAAAGGUAUGGGGACGGUGAGAUGCACAAAGAACAUAAUCUUGAUUUGUCUCUUCAUUUGUAG